GUCCCUCCUCCCUCCGUGCUCAGCAGCCAUCCUCAACUCCAGGAUCACCUUCCCUCCAGCCUCGCUCCCCGCUUCCCCCCGCCGGCAGGAACGUGUGUGUGUGUGUCGCCCCCCGUUUGCCUGUUAUCGCUUCGCCCUCUCCCCCUUCUCCCGCCCUGUCGCCGGUGAAAGCGAGAGGAAAAAGUGUCGGGAGCGGGGAGCUCAUAGCAACAGGAUUCUGGGAUGAAGAAGAUUCGGAAGCAGCAUCUCCGGGAGCCGGUGACCCCAGAGCUCCUGGUGAGCCCCAGCAGCCAGGAGGGAGACCUGGGCUCCGAGUGUCCAGAGGACAGAGGGAACUGGACGGGGCGGCUGGAUUUCCUCCUCUCCUGCAUUGGAUACUGUGUGGGCCUCGGAAACGUCUGGAGGUUCCCCUACAGGGCUUACACCAAUGGAGGAGGAGCUUUCUUGGUUCCUUACUUCAUCAUGCUGGCCAUCUGCGGGAUCCCCAUCUUCUUCAUGGAGCUGUCACUUGGCCAGUUCUCCAGCCUGGGGCCGCUCGCUGUCUGGAAGAUAAGCCCUCUCUUUAAAGGCGUUGGCAUGGGCACGAUCCUCAUCGUCUCCCUGGUGGCCAUUUACUACAAUAUGAUCAUUGCUUACGUUCUCUUCUACCUCUUUGCAUCCCUCACAAGCGACUUGCCCUGGCAGCACUGUGGCAACUGGUGGAACACCAACCUGUGCCUGGACCACCACGUCAUCAAGGCGGGGAACACCACCUUCCCCGUCAACAUCACCAACACCGUCAGCCCCAGCGAGGAGUACUGGAGCCGGUACGUCCUGCACAUCCAAGGGAGCUCUGGGAUCGGAGAUCCCGGGAAGAUCCGCUGGAACUUGUGUCUGUGCCUGCUCCUUUCUUGGACUAUUGUCUAUCUGUGCAUCCUAAAGGGAGUAAAAUCCUCUGGCAAGGUCGUGUACUUCACCGCCACCUUCCCCUACCUCAUCCUGGUGAUGCUGCUCAUCCGUGGUGUGACCCUGGAGGGGGCCUGGAAGGGGAUCCGGUUUUACCUCACGCCCCAGUUCGAUCACCUGCUGUCUUCCAAGGUGUGGAUCGAGGCUGCCCUGCAGAUUUUCUACUCCCUCGGGGUAGGCUUUGGGGGCCUCCUCACCUUCGCCUCCUACAACACCUUCCAUCAGAAUAUCUACAGAGACACCUUCAUAGUGACCCUGGGCAAUGCCAUGACCAGCAUCCUGGCAGGGUUUGCCAUCUUCUCCGUUUUGGGAUACAUGUCCCAGGAGCUUGGAGUCCCUGUUAACCAGGUGGCAAAAGCAGGUCCUGGCCUGGCUUUUGUGGUGUACCCCCAGGCCAUGACAAUGCUCCCUCUUUCUCCAUUCUGGUCUUUCCUGUUCUUCUUCAUGCUGUUAACCUUGGGCCUGGACAGCCAGUUUGCCUUUAUGGAGACCAUCGUUACAGCAGCCACAGAUGAAUUCCCCUAUUACCUGAGGCCAAAGAAAGCUUCAUUCUCGGCUGUCAUCUGCAUCGCCCUCUUCCUGAUGGGGCUCAUCCUCACAACGGAGGGUGGGAUGUACUGGCUGGUCCUACUGGAUGACUACAGCGCUGGCUUUGGUGUCAUGGUGGUGGUGAUCACUACCUGCCUCGUGGUGACACGUGUUUAUGGCAUAAAGAGGUUCUGUCGAGAUAUACACAUGAUGCUGGGCUUCAAACCAGGGCCCUACUUCAGAGCCUGCUGGAUGGUCCUGUCCCCGGCAACAAUGAUGGCUCUGCUGGUGUACAACAUCGUCAAGUACCAGCCCUCCGAGUACGGCAACUACCGCUUCCCCGCCUGGGCUGAGGUCCUGGGCAUCCUCAUGGGAGUCCUCUCCUGCCUGAUGAUUCCCAUCGGCAUGGUGGUGGCUGUGCUCCAAGAAGAAGGAACACUGUGGGAGCGGGUGCAGCAGGCCAGCCGGCCUGCCAUGGGCUGGGGCCCAUCGCUGGAGGAGAACCGCACGGGGAUGUACGUGGCGAGCCUGGCCGGCAGCCAGUCCCCCAAGCCCCUCAUGGUCCACAUGCGGAAAUACGGCGGCAUCACCAGCUACGAGAACACGGCCAUCGAGGUGGACCGGGAGAUGGAGGAGGAGGAGGAGUCCAUGAUGUGAUGGGACCCCGCAGGCUGGGAGGGGGCUCACCCCCCGGUUCGCACAGGUUGCACUGCAGCACUUCAGGACAGCCCCAGGGGGUGUUUUGGAGAGCAGUUGGGAGCUUCUGACCCUGCCGGCGUCCUCACCAACACCCUGCCCCAGCCAGGAUGGAGCUGCUGCCUGUCCUGGUGUUCCGAGGUGUUUCUGUUCAGUGUGACAAACUGUGUGACAAGUCUGUGUGUUCCUGUGACGGUGUCUAGUUGAAGUGUCCAGGCUGCCCUUCUCCCACCACCAGCCCCAGCCGUGUCUUCCCCACACAGGGAUGCUCUGGCUACAAGGAUGUGCCGGCUACAGGGAUGCUCUGGCUGCAGAGGUGUUCCGGCUGCAGGAGGUGGGGAGGAGGAGGAUAUCCUCUGCAUUGGUCUGUUCUCUACUUGUGUGUAUUUAACUCCAGUAACCCAUAAAAACGUGCGAGAAAGGACUGUAAUAUCCUCCAUGCCCUGAGGACAGUGUGUGCCGGACAGUGUGUGCCGGAGGUACUGCAGCAAAACCAGCACAAAUCAGUGUCCUGCUCAAGAAAUCUAACCUAAAAAAAUGAGCAGUUGAAGCAAUUAGGAGGAAGAAAUAAUAAAGCUUUAUAAGCAAACCAGCUUGCACAUCCCCCAGGGACCUCAGUGGGUCAGGGCAGCUCUUCCCCAUGGUGCCUGGUAGGGCUGGGGCGAGCUGUGCUCCAUGUAUGCAGGAGGUCAGAGAUGUCUCAGCUGGACCCAGUGCCAAAGGAGGAUCCGUUUCCACCCCCAGGGAGAUCCAAGGGUGCUGCUUUUCCCAGGGAGAGGAGAAGGGCUGUGUUUCAGUGCCUGUGUGUGAUUUUGGGGUGGCUCCCAGGGUCCAUUUCCCAGAAACCCCAUCUCCUGCUGAUGCUGCUGUCCUGGGAAGUGCCAGUGAGGUCCUGGAUGGGGCUGUUGGGACACAGUGCUGCCAGUUCCCAUCACCCCGGUGUCAUGUGCGCCUUCUCCCAUGUACCACCAGCUCACCAUUAAAAAGCAGUGUGUGACACA